AUGAUCACAAAAUACCGCCCCCAAAGCCAUUCCUCCACUGCUACUGCUUUCCCACAACUACCACCACAACAUACUGCUCCCACUCGCAAACGCACUCAUCUUAAGCCUAGCCAAGUUGCGGUGUUGCAAGAAUCCUUUGUCACCAAUCCUUUGCCUGAUGCCGCUAUCCGUAGUCGACUUGCAAGAGAGCUUGGUGUCACCGAACGUACUAUUCAAAUAUGGUUCCAAAAUCGUCGUGCUAAGGCACGUAAACUUGAAGCCGUUUCCAACGUUGGUGGUGGUAAAUCAGGCACUAACAAGAUCCCUUGCUUGAUGCCUAAUGUGCGUACUGGAUGGAUUGAACCACCUUGUCAUGGCGCGCCACAACGUUAUCAAGCCACUUUUAGAACAAUGAUGACCCCUGAGCGAUUUGAGGAGCUUCAACAACAGCAACAACAACAUCAAGAUGAUGAAGCUUGUAACAAUAACAACAACACUUCUCUUCGACGUCGUGCUCGCUCAUGCUCAAACUCAAGGCUUGAUUCAAACAAGGCUGUUGACUUUGAUCUUGCCACUGCUCGUGCAGUAUCGGAAGGUGCGGACCGGUGGCUAUCCAAACAAGGAACAACUACCGCCAAUACUUCAAGCAUCCCAUUUCCAGCUACAUCCUUGCGCGUGGGUAUUUGGUCUCGAUUCACAUCAAACCCCAUCGAUCGACAAGAGUGCUGGGACCUGUUUUGUUAUGCACAAGAACGUCAAUUGAUAUGGCAGAUCCAGGAUGGUGGUCACCAAUUUCGCAUGCAAAUCGACUUUGAUGCUAUCCAACAAUUAGUGUUGUCCUCUGAAAUGCGUGAUGACAUGACCAUGGUCGAUCAAUUGGCUAUCCAUCUUUAUCAUCCUGGAGACCUUACCUUCUCCAUGUGGCGUACUGGCAUUGACACCGAAUGGGUGCGCUGUGGUGACUUUUCCGAAAACAAGCAAGCUACCUUUGAUGCUGUUCAUGUUUUGCAGGGCAUUCAUGAAUCUCUUCGCCAGCCAUUGUUGCAACUUUUCAACCGUGCACCUGAUCUUUUUUCAAAAUGCACCAUGGACAACAACAACACCAACGCUGCGAGCAACAAUGGAAGUGUACCACCUCUUGAUCUCUGCCGCAGCUUUACUUUAUCGCCAUCAGCUACACCUGAACCUGCUAUUGCAUCUUUCCAAUCCACUACCUCCAAUGGCGCUGGAAGCCAAGAAGAAUGGAUGAUGCAUCAAGCCGAUACCACUAGCAGCUUGCUCACUGCUGCUGUUGUUGCUGAUGGUAAGCCAUCUGCAAUGGAUUGCUGGGCACAACCUGCUUCAUGGAACUGGUCAAACAUGCUCCAACAACCCUCCAUCACAUUUACUGCUCCAUCAUCCAACAAUAAUCCUUUGGCGGAUUUCAUGUGA